UUGCCUGUCAAGAUUUGUUGCUAUAUCUGUGUUAAAAAUCCGUCACGACGAAAUUCUAGAAAGUUGUCCAAAAUUUUUUUCGACGAAGUUUAUCCGCCGAAAAUUUACCUGACGAAGUUUUUUAUCUUGCGCCCGCGAUCCCUGCUUGGAUGUUUCUGCGCAUGUACAUCUUUUGGCGGGAAAGACGGUAACAAUUUUGGCGCCAAGAUUGUUGCUUUCCGUCACACAACUCACAGACUUCCUUGUAAUCGUGUUAGAUAAACAGAAACGAAAAUUCAAAGCAUUAAAAUGCUGACUGCUAAUUCCUUGAAAAGUAGCAAGACUGGAAUGCCAAACACAAAAACAGAAAUUAAAACAACCAGCAAUCAUGAUGAACAUCAAUAUCUCAACUUGAUAAAGCAUGUUUUAAGUCAUGGAAAGAAGAAGAAUGAUAGAACCGGGACUGGUACUAUAUCUGUUUUUGGGACCCAAAUGCGAUUCAGUUUGCGAGAAAAUUUCCCAUUGUUAACAACAAAGAGAGUUUUUUGGCGUGGAGUAGCUGAGGAGUUGUUGUGGUUCAUCAAAGGCAGUACAAAUGCAAAAGAGCUUUCAGAAAAGGGUGUCCAUAUCUGGGAUGCGAAUGGAUCAAAAGAGUUUCUGGAAGGACGAGGUCUUGGGCAUAGAGAGGAAGGAGACUUAGGCCCAGUUUAUGGCUUUCAGUGGAGACAUUUUGGUGCCGAAUACUCUGACAUGCACGCAAAUUAUAAAAACAAAGGAAUUGAUCAGUUAGCAGAAGUAAUCAAAUUGAUAAAAAACAAUCCAGAUGAUAGGAGAAUCAUCAUGUCAGCUUGGAACCCUGUUGAUUUACCAAAAAUGGCUUUACCUCCAUGCCAUUCAUUUGUCCAAUUUUAUGUUUGCGAUGGUGAACUUUCUUGUCAAAUGUACCAGAGAUCUGGUGAUAUUGGACUUGGAGUGCCAUUCAACAUUGCCAGCUAUUCUCUGCUCACCUGCAUGAUUGCUCAUGUCUGCAACUUAAAGCCUGGCGAUUUUGUACACACAAUUGGCGAUGCUCAUGUUUACGCAAAUCAUGUCGAUGCAUUGAAAAUUCAGAUCGAGCGUGAGCCGAGACCGUUCCCUACUUUGAAAUUUAAGCGGAAUAUUACAGACAUUGAUGAUUUCAAAUUUGAAGACUUUGAACUCGAGGGAUACAAACCACAUCCAAAAAUUAAAAUGGAGAUGGCAGUUUAAUGGAAAAAAUCUUGAAUGACAACCAUAUGGGUCUUGUUGUUCUCUAACACCAGCCUAUAUGUCCCCAUAGUUUGGUUCUCAAAGACACACCCUGUCAUUUUGUUAUCUGUUCUCUAAUUGAUAUGAACAUUUAUAAACAAAAAAAUACUCGGUGUUUUAUCAAAUAUUUUUGUACCUGUGAACUGUUUGUAUAUAUUUACAAUUGUGUGACGUAUUGUAAUCUUAUAAUUCUUGUAAUAUUUUUUAGCUAAUUAGUUCAGCAAAUA